GAGGAGCGUCGUCAAUUACUUUUUUUUUGUGAAAUUCCUUUUAUUUCCAUCGAUCUUGACACAGGUUUGUACAUUUAUGGAAGAGUAGUAUAGAAAAACUAAUUUUUUGGUGUAUCACAAAAUAAAUAGUUCAUAAGUACCAGACCAUUUUGCAACCAUAGUCACUAUUGUGUUGUAACAACCCAUUUUUGUUAUAAAUUAUAGGCCUUCUAGAAUAUUGGCUAUUUGAUGAUCUCACUGGACGGUUUUUUAAUUCAUCGACGGCAGAUUUUUUUCAGUGUAACAUCACAUGGGAGACUCUGAUUGAUAACACCCAUCAACGAGAAGAUUAACUACAAAAUGCCACGUAAAUAUGUGAGAGUCAAAACUAAUGUUUUGCCAACAGAUGAGGCUUUGAAGAAUGCAAUAGUAGCUGUCCACUCAAAAGUACUAAGCAUCAGACACGCUGCUGAGAGAUUUAAUAUUUCCAAAUCAACAGUUGGAUUUUAUUGUAAACGAUAUACUUUGGAAUCCAUCGUCUUGGAUCCAAAAACAACAAUUAAGACAAAACAUCACUCCCAAAUAUUUUCAAGGACACAAGAAGACGAAUUAGUCGAAUAUCUUCAACAUUGCUGUCUGCUCAAUCAUGGUCUCACAACCAAUGAAACAAGGAAGCUUGCUCUUCAAUACGCCGUAGCUAAUAAAGUAAAAACACCUACAAGUUGGAUAACCCGUCAAGAAGCGUCAAGGGAUUGGUUUACGGCUUUCCUCAAAAGAAACCAUGUUCUGUCAAUCAGAAAACCAGAAGCAACUAGCCAGGCGAGGGCUGUUGGGUUUAACAAGGUUGUUGUAUCACACUUUUACGACAAUUUACGUGAUAUUUACGAAAAGUUCGAAAUACCCCAAUGUGACGUAUGGAAUGGUGAUGAAACGAACGUUCCUACUGUGAUGCAGCCUCCAGAUGUCAUAGCCACAAAAAAUUUAAAGAGGUUUCUCAAACGGUAUCCGCUGAACGUGGAGUGAAUGUCACGAUGUUGGUCUUCGUUAACGCUAUUGGUUCAAGUACGCCACCAGUCUUUGUAUUCCCAAGGAAAAAGCAGAAUCCUGGUCUCAUUAAAGGAGGA